UGUAUCACUUAAAACUGAUAUUCUACAUACUUUUCUCAUACAUUAGACGUUUUUUACACAUAUAAGUGAUAAGUUACAUAUACUCUUGUUUAAAAUUUUGACUGUGUUGAUCGUUUUUCCACUGUAUUAGCUUUGUUUAGUUUUGGUAGAUAGAUUAUUGGUGGUGAUAGUAAAAGUAUGACUAUACUAAGAUAUGCGUCGCUGUUUUUCUAAAAUUAGUUGAUAUUUUCGAUCCAUAGUGUUUUUGACUGUAAAAUAUAUCCAAUGUUCAAUAAUCCGGUACGUCCUCAAAAUCACUCCAUUAAAGUUGCCACGAAUGGACCAAUAGAAUAUUUUCGAAGCAAUGGUAAGACCAUAGCAAGACCAGUUUCAUGGUCUUUUAACGGAAUUGUGGAAUUAUCUGCUUUACGAACAGCUGCAAAUAGGACACGUCGGAUAUCAAGAAAGGUCGAUCCAGAAUUGAUAUUCACAAAACAAGAGAGAAUCGGAAAAGGUUCUUUUGGAGAAGUUUUCAAAGGUAUUGACAAUCGAACUACGCAAGUUGUUGCUAUCAAAAUCAUCGACUUGGAAGAGGCCGAAGAUGAAAUCGAAGACAUACAGCAAGAGAUUAUGGUACUGUCGCAGUGCGAUAGUCCAUUCGUUACAAAAUAUUAUGGAUCUUACCUGAAGGGUACAAAACUAUGGAUUAUAAUGGAAUACUUGGGCGGUGGUUCGGCAUUAGAUCUGAUGAAAGCAGGAAAUUUUGAAGAGAUGCACAUAGCCAUUAUUUUAAGAGAAGUUUUAAAAGGUCUGGACUAUUUACACAGCGAAAGGAAACUACAUAGAGACAUUAAAGCUGCCAAUGUACUAUUGAGCGAGAUGGGAGAUGUCAAACUUGCCGAUUUUGGUGUGGCUGGUCAACUAACUAACACAACAAGUAAACGGAACACUUUCGUCGGUACUCCCUUUUGGAUGGCUCCAGAGGUGAUUAAACAGUCUGCUUAUGAUUCCAAAGCCGAUAUAUGGAGUUUGGGUAUCACGGCCAUAGAACUUGCCAAAGGUGAACCUCCCAAUUCCGAAUUGCAUCCAAUGAGGGUUCUCUUCCUUAUCCCGAAAAAUAAUCCACCUCAAUUGACCGGCAGUUACAGUAAACAGUUCAAGGAUUUCGUGGAAGCGUGCUUAAAUAAGGAUCCUGAAAAUAGACCAACUGCAAAAGAAUUACUAAAAUACCCAUUUAUCAGGAAAGCUAAGAAAAAUUCUUACUUAAUAGAUCUAAUUGACAGAUAUAAGAAGUGGAGGUGUACAAGAAAUGAAGAAUCUGAGACUGAAUCCGAGAAUUCUGAUUCAGAGGAGCCAAAACAAGAUGGCGAUCUAGACGAUCCGUGGAUAAUGACAGUAAAAGGAAACAUGAAAUUGCCUUUGGAUGAAAUACCGUCUCCAAACCACAAAUCUGGUAACAAAGUUCAAAACGGUUCAGGACCCAUGUUAAGCAAAUCUCCACCGACUGACUCUAAUCUCAAUCAUUAUAAACCAGAAAAAGCCAACCUGUCCUUAAAAUCGCCUGUAGUACAAUCCUCGUUAGACAAUAGAAAAGACAAGGACAGAGACAGAGAAAAGGAGAGCGAAAGAGAAAAAGAACGGGAAAGGACUGACAUCAAAGAGAAGGAGAAGAGAAUAUCUCGGGAAUUGAGUCCAUUAGAUCAUCGAGGAGACAGUAUAUCUGCAGAAAAGAAGGUUAACAGAAAACCCGGCUCGAGAGAACAUUCAAAUUAUAGCGGAAAGAUCGAGAGUAGGGCGCCAGUAUUGGGCGCAUUCAUUUAUCCAAUUAUAUCAGAAUUGCAGAGGAAGCAUCAAUACAAUAGACGAUCAGCAGAGGCGUCUCACAAAUCUAGUGAUGCAAUAGAAGAAUUAGAAAAUGCCUUUGAAAUAGCUGAAAAAACAAGUCCUGGUAUAAGUGAAGUAUUCAUCUGUGAAUUGGUGCAAAAGUUGGUGCCAUCAAUUUCUGAACAAAGGCUUAAGGGGGUGUUAGAUAAAGUUGUUAGGGAUACUUUGUAGGAAGGGAGUUUUGUUGAAGUUGCAAUUUGAGAAUGUAUUUGUUGAUUUGGAAAGUAAAUUCUCUUGUUAUUCCACGUUGUUAAGAAAAAUAAAUACUUACCAUUUACAUGACAAUAUCUUAUACUUAUUGAGCUUAUUACUGGUAAAUUUUAAGCGAAACUUUCAUAUAGAAAAAUAGUUGAAUGAAUAUUAACACCCACCUCUUAGUCCUACAACCACCGCCGCGAUUGUUCACUUUUCAUAGACAAUUCUUGUCAAUCACUUUUACUUGAUGACUAAAUCUACUUACAUAAUUUUUUGAGUAUUAUUCGCAGUGUUUCACUAUAAUCAAUUACAGUAUUUGAUGUUUUGGUACAUUUUUAUAAAAGUCAAAUAUGUCGAUAAUGUCAUUUGCAUCUCAUAACACUAAAUUCUCUCAAAAACAUUACUUUAUGUAAUAUGUGUUAUGUUGUUAAUUCUUCAAUAUCAAACAGUUUUGUUAUGCUGUAUGGAACAAUUACAGAUUUACACUGAUCCUUCGAGUCCUUCAUAUCCGGCUCCAAGGACCAGACAGUAUAAUAAUUGUGAGUGUUGGUGUAGUGGAGUAGUAAAGCAAUGUUUUCAGUAUACCAACAGUACUAGUAGUAGCUCAACUUUAUUACAGAUUAUUGACUAUUUAUUAUGAAUGUUAUUUUAUUUGAUUUCUGAAAUAGGAAACUUUUCAUAACAUUUGUUAGCAGUUGUAAAUUUUUCAAUUUUAAACAAUUUUCAUAUGCUCUAUAAAACAUUUAUAUAUUUACUUUAAACACACUUUUUACACCAGUCCACUUAACAUUUACAAUUACACUGUUUGGUCUUUCGAGUCCUUCAUAUCCGGCUCGAAGGACCAAGCAGUGUAAUUGUGAGUGUUGAUUUAGUGGGAUAGUAAAACAAUGUAUUCAGUUUACCAACAAUGGUAGUAACAGGUAUUUCACUUCCAUUACGGAUUUUAUUUGACAUUUAAACAUAGGAAAUUUUUCGUAACAACAUCUACCAACAGAUUUCUAUUUUGUUAUAAUUGCUAAUUAAGAAAAAUUAUAUAAAUUUCUAAUUCUGCCUCCAUAAUUUCCAGUAUUCCAUUGAAAAUAAAUGUACAAUAUUGUAAUACUAAAAUUUUUUAAAAUUAUGCAUCUGAUCUAUUAUUAAUGCUUCCAAAUUAUUAGUGCAGUUGUUAUAUAUGUCAUCAUCCUCAUCUGCACAUCCUUCCAUGAUAUGUCGUCCUCACUGCCGUCCAAAUUAUUCAAUGUAAUACAUUUGAGGUAUAAUAAUAGAUGGCUUUAAUUCGUUGCACAUCGAAAAUUCAUUUUUCAAGUAUGACUUUUACUUAUCCAUGGUUCUUUUUAAGGUAAAAAGCUUCCUUUAUUGUCUUAUUAGAAGUUGGAAUAAACAGGGCAUGUCCAUAACUAAACUGAACUUAAUUUUUCAACCUUAUUCACUCUAUUAAUAAUUUUUAUAAAUCUUUGUGAAACUGGACAUAUUUGACAAUUGAUAAUUUUUUUCUUUCGUGUAUUAUCAUCAUGGAGUUAGAGGACCCUCAUUUUAAUGGAUGAAAAUGUGCCAUUUCAUGUUGAAAUAAUACUAACAUUCUUUUUUCAAAAUAUGAUACCCAGUUUAACAUAUCCAGUUUUUAUACACUUUUAUAUAUAUUCCAACAACUAUUAGACUCUAACGGUACGCUUACACCAAAUCCGUCAUCGGCCGGACUCGGACAAUUAAACCAAACCUAUGUUAGAGUUUGAAAGCGCAUAAUCCGCGAGGUCGGUUGUAGCAGUGUAUGCGCUUUCAUGCAACUUUUACAUAGGUUUGGUUUAAUCGGCCGACGACGCCCGAGCAUACUUCGGCCGAUGACAGAUUUGGUGUACGCGUACCGGUAAUGGAUAAGUAAAAAAUAUUGUUAAAACAUUCUAUCCACAAUAUCUAUAAAGAAAGUAAUAAUGACAAACGUUGUAUUACGAAAAACUCCCUGAUUACCAAAACUCUUGAUAAUAUUACAAUCUUUUAAUAAAAAUAGUUGAAAACGUUUCAAUUUUAGAGCACCAUUUUGAAAACUUUCCAUAGUUGAAGAUGUUUCUUGUUCACUUGGAUUUAGUCGCUAGAAAAAAAAAUUUAAAAGUUCAAAAUUUGUAAUUAGAAUUGUCCUCGGUAAGUUUUCGAAUUUUCAUGAUUCUUUUAGUUUAAUAACAAUUAUUAUAGAAAUAAUGUUUUUCAUGAUGGAGUAAAAAGUUUAUGCCAUGUCCUCUUGGGAUCCAUUGUAUAUAUGUAUAUCUAGAUUGAACUAUAUUCUAUUAUUAAGAUAAUAUUUUUUCUUGCAAUGUAUUUUUUUAGAUGUGUAAAUAUAUAUAUCAAUAAAUAGUUACACUGUUGAACAAA